UAUUUCCCAUUUCUACCGUGUGACAGCAGUCAGUAGAGGCCAUAGCAUUUAUCUUUUUUUCAUUUUUGAUUUAUAAUUAAAUAAAAAAUUGAUUUCUUCAACAAUUUCCAUUUGUUGUUUUUUUUUGUUGGAAUAAAUUGCAUUUAAUUAAACUAUUCAAUAAUGUCAUCAUCAUCAAAUCAAUGGGAAGUUGUUACCAAGUCAAAGAAACAGCGCAAUCUCGAAAAGAAAGUUGAAGCGCACACGGAAAAGAAACGUCUUGCAUUAGCCGGUCCAAGCUUGGAAGAAAUUCUUCCUCAACAUCAAUUAAAAAGUAUUUUUAGUAAUAAAAGUUCUAAAGACAAGGAGAAUAAAUCUCCAAAAAAGUCGGCAGCAGUUGGAAGCAGCAACAAGUCAUCUCCCGCAAAGAAAUCCAAAAGCAAUAAUAAUAACAACAACAAUGAGAGCAAUAGUAAAAAAUCAUCAUCAUCAGCACCUUCGGCUCCACCAAAGCCAAAGAAUUUGGAAACGGCUUUAUUGAAAAUAACUCCAGAUGAACUCAAUGGGCUAAUGGAACAAUUGAGAUCGACAUUCCCUGGAAAUGAAUUGUAUUGGCUGAGGGAGAUUGCCUCAUUUUUUAACUCGCACCUUCCAUUCGAUUGUGAUCCAACAUUCUCGGGCAAAGCUGUGCUCUAUCCAAGCAAUGUUUUACCGAAAAACCUCAAGACUGCAAUAAUUGAUAUUUUCAAACCUAUGGGCGAAGUAAAUCUGUCCUAUUUUUACGAUACAUUGAUAACUAGAAUGACUGAAGAGCUAUCAAAGAACAAAUCUGUUGUUGGUUAUAAGCUUCUUCUACAAAUUGUUGCUCAAAAUUGGCCAACAGUGUGCUCGAACAGCUUAGCAAAGACUGCGAUAUUAAGAAAUUCUUAUCAAAAUAGAAGCAACAUUGGACUGAGUAUUUUAUGGGGUGUUGGACAAGGUGGUUUUCGUGAUGUUAAUGUUGGUGUUAAAGUUUGGCAAAAUAUUAUGCUUCCUGUGAUUGAAAUGAAGAGCUACUCUCGAUAUGUUACCGAUUAUAUUGAAAAAGUUCUAUCGCACAGCGGUGGCAACCAAAAAUUAGUUAUGAGUCAAAGUGACUUUUUUGUUUUGUAUAAUGCAUUAAAAGUAAAAUAUAGCAUUCCAAGGGAGUGUCAGCAGGUGCUAGCGAAGAGUUCUCAGCUAUUUUUGAAAAAAUACAUCGAGAGCUCAUCAAAACAUGCUAACGUCUUCCUCAAUCUAUUCCGUGAUAUUGAAGAUUCCACAAAAAGUCAAGUUGAAAUUGAUGGGUGCAUCGAUUGCCUGAGCAUCGGUGACGAAUGUUUUAAAGUUUGGAAAAUGAAUUACAAGAAAAAUGUGUUGCCGUCGUUUUUGCUUUUACAACAAAUUUAUCAACAAUGGGAUGGAUCGGCGAUUAAAUUGCGUGAUUCGAAAGCAUUUGAUGAAUUCCUUGUAGUUGCAGCGCAGCUUAACCAGGAUUUAACUGCGGCCAAAAAAAGGGAUCCACAUUUGGAUGAUUUGCUUUCAUUGUUUGGGAAUGUUCAAGACAAAUCAACACAACAAAAGAAAAAAACCGCAGCGGGGAAAUCUUCAUGUGGUUGCAAAUGGUUCCUUGGCAGUAUUGUGUUAUUAGCAGUUAUCGCUGGCGUACUGCAUUAUGAUACAAAUACAAAUGGCAAAGGUGUAUUUGCUAACUCCGCUACAGGAAAAAUGCUUAAGAAUGCCGGUUUACUGCCUCAUGUGGAGAAGAGUUAUGUUGUUGUAAUGACAAAUACAGCACGAGGUUAUAAGUGGGCCGAACAAAGGGUGCCGGGUUAUAUGGCACCGGUUGGGCAAUUGGCAUGCGAUAUGUUUAAAUUAGCUCGCAAUACAGCGUGCAGUGCGUGCGGAAUGAUUAAAGACUAUGCUGUGGCUAAGUGGCCAGUUGUAUCGGCAGCUUUGGAAAGUUAUAUCCCCGGCCUGCCGCAGAAACUCGAAAAUGUUACAGUUUCAACACGAGUGCUUAUUUCCGACAGCAUCGGAAAAAUUACCGAAUUCUUUAAAGUUAAUGUUUUUGUAGGAUCAUUAUCGCCUGAAAAUCUUGGUAAAGCUCUCAACCAAACACAGGUUGCAGUUAUCAAGUAUGCUAAUGAGUUUAGUCAACAAAUGGACGCAUGGGCGAAACGGAAAUGAUUCGGAUAGAAAAUUAUCCGAAUUCAAACGAGAGAGUGAAUUAUAAAUAAAUUGAAUUUGAAAUUUAAAAAUAGAAAAAAAAAAACAAAAUACAAAAAAAAAAUUAAAAAAAAGUCAACAAAAAAACUUUACACACAUCAGAAAAAGGAAAUAAAACAAAACAAAAAAAGUGGAAAAAAAAAUAAAACAAAUUUUAGGUCUAUUUUUUAAGAGAAAAAAAGUAAACAAAAAAUUUAAUAAAGAAACAAACAAAAUCUAAAUAAAAAAUUGUGUGAAUGAUUACGAUUACGGAAACAGAAACAUUAUAAUGUGCAUUUUUGAUCCUCAAACUCUGGUUCUCUUGUUCGUAAAACAAACAUACUUAGUUUAUUUUGAUUGUAUUUAUUUUGGCUAAACGGUCUUUUUGGAAAUAUUGUUUGUUAGAAUAUAACACUUCAUUAGUCGUAUAACUAUGUUUUUUUUUUUUUUGUAAUUUGUUGAAAAUAUGGCCAUUAUACAAAAAAACGGAAUGCAAUAUUUUUACGAUUGUAUAGUUAAUUCAAUCAUUCGUUCGAAAUUUGUCAAAUUGAGUGUAUCAAGCUUGAAAGUUAGCAGUUGGGAACAUCAUCACCUGUUACUUUAACACUGCUCAGACCUAAAGUUGCAUACAAAAAGAAUUAUGUAGUUCAAAUUAAGUUGGUAAGACAUAGGCGCUAAUUUGGUUAAUCAGUUUUGUAUUUUUGACCAAAUACAUCAAACAAAUAUUUUUUGAACUUUGAACACCACCACGAAUGAUUGAAAUGAAUAUGUUACAACAAAAUUUCAUGUAUUGCAUGAUUUAUUAAAGAAGAUUAUUUCCUCAGUGUUUAUCUAUUUUUUUUUAGUCAUUUGUAGCUUUAUAAAAAAAAAUAGUAAAAAAAUAUUAGCUUUGUAAGACUAUCAAAAUAAAUAAAAAACGAUGCGUUCCAUAAUCAGCACAUUUUAUUAUUAUUAAAAAAAAAAAACAUUUCCAGAACUGAAUCUUUACCAUUAUUACCAAUAAUUACUGUACUGUUCUCUUUAUUAUAAUGACAAGUUAGUUU